CGAUCAUCCACCCUUCCGAGCAAUGGCGAUUCAUUGACUUUCCCCUGUGCUUUUCCGACUACCUCUGUCUCUUUUUGCAGAGCCUGUUCCUAGGUGAUGCCUGAAAGCUCUCGGGUUCCAAAAAAUUCGAUGGCGGGUACACAGACCAUGAAGGGCCAGAAAUCUAUCCUGGGCUUCUUUCAGCCAAAGUCGUCGCCUUGCACACCUCCGGCGACGUCUCGCACGCAGAAUGUCAAAGAUGAGCCAGCCUCGUCUCCAGCUCCACGGCCAUCGCAUAACAGAACAAAAGCGAGCCAAUUGAGCGGGACGCAGUCAAGCCAUCGUGCCCCUAAUCUAACUCCUUCCCCGAGCAGCGACGCGGUGGAACCAGUUUCCGAUGAUCUCAACAUCGAGCAGUCGACCGUACAACAGUUGAAGGGAAGUCCUGAAGCUGUGGACGUUAGCUUGCCCUCUCCUGCUACGUCUGCUAACGGGCGUGAUGGGGAGCAGGCUGAGAAUCAAGAAUUGCCUUCAGCGACUCCUUCUCGUCGUGCAAAGAAGACCGUAGAUUAUUGGGAAUCGGAUGAAGAAGACGUUGUUAAACCUCCCACACGGAGGUCCGCUGUUGGCCGGGCAAAUAAGAAAAGAAGAACAGUUGCCACAUCUGAAGACGAGGAAGAAUUUCAACCAGACGAAAGUAUAGGAGAUUUCGAUGACUUGGACGACUUCAUCGUCCCUGAUGAAUCCGAUCAAGAGAUGCGACCAUCUAGGAAACGCAAGAGAUCCUCCAAUCCCAAACCUACCAAGCCUUCAACCCCGAUAUCUGCACCACAAGAUGAUAUGGACGUCGACCUAGAUAUCCCUAAUUCCGCCUCUGGAACCGCGAAAAAAUGGACCUACGAUCCUAAUGACACCGAGUGCCGCCAACAUAGAACAACAUUGGCACCGCUUUCGUCCAAAUCUUUGGGGAAGAAAAAGGAGAAAGCACACCUGACCGAGCCUGAAAAGCGAUACCCAUGGCUUGCGAAUAUACUCGAUAUGGAUAAAAACCCUCCGGGCCAUCCCGAUUAUGAUCCUCGGACGUUAUAUAUUCCCCCUCUGGCAUGGAGUAGAUUUUCUCCUUUCGAGAAACAGUACUGGGAGAUCAAGCAAAAGUUCUGGGAUACCGUUGUCUUUUUCAAAAAGGGGAAGUUUUAUGAGCUUUACGAAAACGAUGCCACCAUCGGGCACCAGUUGUUCGAUCUUAAACUUACUGAUAGAGUUAACAUGCGGAUGGUGGGUGUGCCAGAAUCCAGUUUAGAGUACUGGGCAAAUCAAUUUGUUGCCAAGGGCUUCAAAAUAGCCCGCGUCGACCAGUCAGAAUCCGCGUUGGGAAAAGAGAUGAGAGAGCGGGACGACAAGAAAAAGGGAGACAAAGUCAUAAAGCGAGAGUUGAGUUGUGUCCUUACGGCCGGCACACUUGUUGACGGUGCCAUGCUUCAGGACGACAUGUCAACGUAUUGCGUAGCCGUCAAGGAGGCUUUGGUUGACGAUCUGCCAGCUUUCGGAGUUAGCUUCGUUGAUACGGCCACCGGUCAAUUUUUCCUGACGGAAUUCACUGACGACGUGGACAUGACAAAAUUUGAGACCCUGGUGGCCCAGACACGACCACAAGAGCUUUUGUUAGAGAAGGGCUUCAUGUCCCCCAAAGCCCUCCGAAUUUUGAAAAACAAUACAAAUCCUACGACUAUCUGGAACUAUUUAAAGCCGGAGAGAGAAUUUUGGGAUGCAUCUACUACUCGCAGAGAACUUGAUGCAAGCGAAUACUUUGUUUCUGUUGACCAGGACAAUAUUGAAGCGUGGCCGGAAGUUUUGAGGCAAGCUCGAGACAAUGAGCUUGUGAUUUCGUCCUUUGGUGCCUUGAUUCAAUAUUUGCGGAUGUUGAAGAUUGAACGGGAUCUCAUCACCAUUGGCAACUUCACGUGGUAUGAUCCUAUCAGAAAGGCGUCUAGUCUGGUCCUUGACGGACAGACAUUGAUCAACCUCGAAGUCUUCGCGAACUCUUAUGAUGGUGGCCAGGAUGGCACGUUAUUCCAGUUACUCAACCGCUGUAUAACGCCAUUUGGGAAAAGAAUGUUCAAACAAUGGGUGUGUCAUCCACUCAUGGACUCGAAGAAGAUAAAUGCUCGACUCGAUGCCGUCGACGCGUUAAACGCGGAUAGCAGCAUACGAGAUCAAUUCUCAUCCCAACUGACGAAAAUGCCGGACCUGGAAAGACUCAUUUCCCGUGUCCAUGCGGGAACCUGCAAGUGUCAAGAUUUUGUCCGUGUUCUUGAAGGAUUCGAACAGAUCGAUUAUACUAUGAGCCUUCUUAAGCAAACCGGUUCAGGUGAUGGAGUUAUCGGGCAUCUCAUUUCUUCAAUGCCCGAUAUGGAUGGCUUGUUGCAGUACUGGAAAACUGCUUUUGACCGAGUAAAGGCCAAGGAUAGUGGAAUUUUUGUUCCGAAGGCAGGAGUGGAAGAAGAUUUUGAUGCAUCCACUCAGCGAAUUGAAGAAAUUGAGGCUAAACUGGAUCAACUGCUGAAGCGGGUCCGAAGGGAACUUAACAGCUCUGCAAUAAUAUACCGGGACAAUGGUAAAGAAAUAUACCAGCUUGAAGUCCCCGUUAAAGUGAGGAAUAUUCCAAAAAGUUGGGAUCAGAUGUCUGCGACUAAGCAGGCGAAGAGAUACUAUUUCCCUGAGCUUCGUGGUUUGAUUCGAAAGCUCCAGGAGGCACAAGAAACGCACAAUCAAAUUGUCAAGGAAGUGACCAGUCGGUUUUAUGCUCGCUUUGACGAGAAUUACCAGACCUGGCUCGCAGCUGUUAAGAUCACUGCCCGGCUCGAUUGCUUGAUCGGUUUGGCAAAGGCGUCCACAGCUAUCGGGUACCCUAGUUGCCGCCCGGUUUUCGUUGACAGUGAUCGUAGCGUCCUUGAAUUCCAAGAACUCCGCCAUCCCUGCAUGCUUGCCACUGUUGGAGAUUUCAUUCCCAACGACGUAAAGCUGGGCGGGAAUACUGCCAGUAUCAACCUUCUUACCGGGGCCAACGCAGCCGGAAAGUCAACUGUCUUGCGAAUGACAUGUACGGCCGUGAUCAUGGCUCAAAUUGGCUGCUACGUCCCUUGUGCGUCAGCUAGACUUACCCCUGUCGACCGCAUAAUGUCACGGCUGGGAGCAAACGACAACAUUUUCGGUGCACAAUCUACUUUCUUUGUGGAACUAUCAGAGACGAAAAAGAUUUUGUCCGAAGCGACAUCGCGCUCUCUUGUAAUCUUGGACGAACUUGGUCGUGGUACCAGCUCCUAUGAUGGUGUUGCUGUGGCCCAGGCUGUGCUGCACCAUGUUGCAACACAUAUUGGCGCGCUGGGUUUUUUUGCAACACACUAUCACUCCCUUGCCGCGGAGUUUGAAGGGCAUCCGGAGAUCUCCCCUCGCCGCAUGCGUAUUCAUGUAGACGAGGAGGAUAGACGAGUUACAUUUUUAUAUAAAUUGGAGGAUGGAGUUGCUGAAGGAAGUUUUGGGAUGCAUUGUGCAUCCAUGUGUGGGAUUCCUACUAAGGUUAUUGAAACGGCAGAAGUUGCUGCCAAAGAGUGGGAGCACACCAGUCGAUUGAAGGAGAGUGUCGAGAGGAAAAAAGGAAGUGGACUCGUUGGUUUGGGCUGGUGGAGCGAUAUUGCGUGGAUCCUGAAGGAUGAUGACUUUGUACGGGACUCAGCCGAUGGGAAAGGCAUGGAAGUUCUACUGAAAGCAAUUGAGAAUAUGUGAGCAAUGUACCUUGCUGUAAUUUGAGAUGGUUCUGUUUCUGGGGAUGGAUCUUGUUUUAUGUGAUUCCUAGAUGGCGUGGCUACUUUGUUUUAUACCUUUCACUGUGAGGUCUGACUUUUACUUUUAACCGUUUAAUACCCUUGAGUGUAUUAUCAAAUAUCCGACAGCUGUUCAGAUGGGUUUUUUCCCAAAGCCCUCUCCCCUCUUUUUCUUUUUGUGGAUAGUGGGUAAUGGGAACGGUGACCUAUCAAUAUAAGGGAUGAUUACCUUAUAC